AUGAACGCUGCCAUUUAUGGUUUUUUGGUGUCUGCACAUCACAAAGGGGUGGAAGUUUAUGCUGCCGUGGAUGGAUACCGCGGUUUAGUCCAUGGAGAAUUUAGGAAGCUUUGUCCUAGGGAAUUUAAGAAAAAUGUCUAUCUUUCAGGAACGGCAAUAGGUUCUAGCAGGUGUUUGGAGUUCAAGGAUUCCAAAGUUAGGGAAGAUGCAGUGGAGAACCUCAGGAAGAAUGGCUUUGAUGGACUGUUUGUCAUAGGAGGGGACGGGUCUUAUAUGGGUGCACAUUUGGUUAGUGAAUUGUCUUUUAAUGUGAUUGCGGCACCGGGAACUAUAGACAAUGAUGUGGGGUCUUCAAAAUACACCAUAGGAUACUUUUCUGCAUUGGAGGAGAUACUGAACGCUGUAAAGAAGAUCAGAUCAACAUCCGAAUCCCAUUCUCAGGUGACCUUUGUUGAGGCGAUGGGAAGACAUUGUCACGAUUUAACGGUGGCUGCGGCGGUGGCCGGGGCCGUGGAUUAUGUGAUAACUGGAGAAAGACCCAUUGGAGUAAGUGCGUUGAUAGAAGUAAUUAAAGAGAUGAUUAAGUCAGGGAAGAAAGGAAUUGUGAUACUUGUUACGGAGAAGUUAUUUGGAGAACAGCAUGGUUUUGGAUUGCCUUCCCUUCCGGAAUUGUGUGUUUCUAUCGAAAAAGAAGUGAAAAGACAGGUUAGAUGUAAUAUAAUAGGUUAUACCCAAAGAGGAGCAUUUCCCACUUCCUGGGAUCUGUUUGUUUCCCAACAAUUUGGAAUGAAAGCGUUCCAGAUGAUGGAAGGGGGUAGGUUUGGAUGUGCCAUCGGAUUCGACGGCGUUGGUUUCUAUGAUACUCCCUUAAAGGAAGCCGUUAACCAGAAGAAUUCCAUGUCGGUUGAAUUAAUUGACUUUGUAAAUAGGUCCUAUAAGAUAUAG